AUGGCAUCCCCGCCACAACCCGACCCCAGCGAGUCGCCAAACGGCCUCUUCUCCGUCCCAGAAGAACCAUCGUCCAAUCUUCGUGCAUUUCUCGCCUACGUUGACGCUCUUCACAAGUGGGACCAUGAGGCUGUUAUGGCGUGCUUCGACGAUGAGCUAGAGCACCGAAUCUUGCCCACGUCCUUGGGUCGCCCAGUUCGCAACAGGCUGCAGUAUGGGGAGUUUUUCAAAGGGAUGAUGCCGAUGUUCAGGAAGUUUAGGGUAACAAUUCACGAAGUCAUCGAGAGUGACGACAAGAUUGCCGUUCACGCUUCGUCCAAGGGGGAGUCCACCCUAGGAACUCCAUACAGAAACGAAUAUACCCUCAUGAUCACUUUCGUGCCUCCCAGUCCAAGUUCGCCUGGCGAGCCCGUGGAAGAGCUUCCAAAGAUGCGCCAUGUAAAGGAGUUCGUGGACAGCGCCUUUUCGGCUAAUUUUUUCUCGGAAGAACAAGCAAAAAUGAACGCAAUUGCAGCAAGAGUGUAG